AUGUUUUCUCGAUUUCGAUUAGUAAAGCUACAUCAUUUUCGAGGGAAUCUAAAUUUUUCAUUUAUCAGGUACUAUUGCACGAUGCUGGUACGAAGGUUAGGACACUUGAAAAGCGUACCAAAAAUUUACUGCAAUAAUACAGAAUCUAUAACAAAUGUUAAUAAGAUAGCAACUAGCGACUUACUAGUAAAAUUGGGUUACAUACAGCAUCCCAGUUCUGGUUUCGUGAACUGGCUACCUUUAGGGAUUAAAUCAUUGGACAAACUCAAAAACAUCGUCAGAAGACGCAUGGAGGAGUCUGGGUUUGAAGAAAUAAGCUUAACAUCCUUAUCAAGCUCUGCCUUAUGGAAGAAAUCUGAACGUUGGAAUAAUACUGAACUUUUUAAAUUAGCAGACUCUUCUAAUCAUGAGUAUUGUCUUGCAGCUACAGCAGAGGAGGAAGUUACUCAAUUGGUCAUUAAUAGUUUGACAAGCUACAAAUCAUUACCAUUGCUAUACUACCAGAUAUCUAAAAAAUAUAGAGACGAGAAGAGACCUAGAGGAGGUUUAUUGCGAGGAAAGGAGUUUAUCAUGAAGGACGGAUAUUCUUUUGAUUUGAAUGAAACCGAUGCUUUAAAAACGUAUUCCAAGGUUGUGAACGCUUACGUGAAUAUUUUCAAUGAUUUAAAAGUUCCUUUCAUAAAGGCUGAGGCCGAUACUGGUGACAUGGGAGGUUCUUUGAGUCAUGAAUGGCAUUACUUGCAUGAAUCAGGAGAAGAUACUGUGUUCACAUGUGAUUCAUGCGGACAUGUUUCAAAUAUUGAAAAGACAAUUUCAUUUCCUGAAGAGGUCCGAGAUGCAAAAGAAGUAUCGGUAAAAUAUUUGAUGACAAAAGAUAAGUCAACUUUAGUUUGUGCAUACUAUCCUAGUGAUAGAGCUUUACAGGCAACGAAUAUUAAAAUUGAAAUUCCAGAUAUAGAUUUAGCGAAUGAAAACGAAGAAGAAAUUUUAAAAGAAUUUUCAGACGAAGAUUCCUUGAUCUCCAAAAAAAUUGUUAGGAUAAUGGACGCAAGAUUGACAUCAAGGUCGAAUUUCCCAGACUUUCCCAUAAAGUUUAUCAAUAGGUCAUUAAUUACAACUUUGACUGACGUCCCUAUAGUAUCUGCUAUUGAGGGUGAACUAUGUGGAAAUUGUGAGGAGGGAAGUUUGGAACUAAGUAAAGCGAUCGAGGUUGGACAUACUUUUUUCCUCGGUGAUAAAUACACCAAGUCAUUAGGUUGUUCUAUCGAAACCCCCAACGAUAAAGGAGGGGUGGAAAGGAAACUUUUACAAAUGGGAUGCUAUGGCAUCGGAUUAAGUAGGAUAAUUGCAGCAAUAGCAGAAAUGAACAAAGACGUUAUAGGUUUGAGAUGGCCGUCUGCACUUUCUCCUUGGGAUGUUACAGUAAUUGAAGCUCCCAGUAUUGAAGACACUUUGGAAUCAUUUUAUGACCUUUUAAGCAAAGAAAAUAUUGACUUUGUUGUGGAUAGAAGAGCUAAGCUUGGGAUUGGAAAAAAAAUCAAACAGUCGAAUUUAAUGGGUAUACCGAUUUCAAUUAUAGUAGGUAAGAAGUUCCCUAUGGUAGAAAUUGAAGUAAGAGGAAAACGAUACAACAAAGAACUAGAAUGGAAGAAGCUACACGAUGAUAGAAGUCGAGAUUUUGAUUGGGAAGUCACCUAUAAUCUGAAUGGAGAUGACAUAAAACACCUUGUACAUAUAAAUGGGCUAGCUGUAGUACUCAAAUGUUUAUUAAAAGAUAUGUGA